AUGUUAUGUGCAGUAUUUCCUAACAUUCCAGUGUUAGCUCUGACAGCAACAGCGAACAAAGUGGACAGAAAGUAUAUAAAAGAUUCACUUGGAUUAAAAAAAUGUUGUGAAGUAACAGCUAACCCUGACAGAAAAAACAUAUUCUUGGAGAAAUAUUUCAGAGAUGGACCAGACAUGGAUGCUAUUGAAGGUAUACUGAAACCAAUAGCUCAGAAUUUAUUGUUACACAAAUUAUCUUAUCCACUUACAAUAAUUUAUCUUUGUCUUAAAUGGUGUGGAUUUGCAUACCGAUUAUUUGAAUAUGUACUUGGAGUUCAUCAAUACUUCCCAGAGGGUUCUGAUGCAAAGCUUGAAAACAGGUUAUUCGCCCAGUAUCAUGCACCACAAACAAAUAGUAUGAAGGAUCAAAUAAUAAAACAGCUGAGACUACCUACAUCUAAAGUUAGAGUGGUAUUUGCAACAGUGGCUAUGGGUAUGGGGGUUGAUAUUCCAUCAAUUCACAACAUCAUUCAUGUAAGUCCACCAUAUACAAUACGUGAAUUGUUUCAAGAGGUUGGUAGGGCAGGAAGAGAUGGCAAAGCAUCUAAAACCACUUUGUAUUAUAACAAUAAAGAUAUUGGCAAAAAAAACCGGCAAAUGCAAGACGAAGUAAGGGAUUAUUGUCGCAACAAUGAAAGUUGCUUAAGAGUUAUGCUGCUGAAAUUUCUUGACGUUGAAGAACCACAAUCCCUGGACCCACCACAUCUAUGCUGUAGAGUAUGCAAGGAGGCAUAUUCAUGCCCUAAGUGCACUGUACAUGAUGACCUACUUGGCCUUGAUAUGUCUGAAAACUAUGUUUAUCAUUUUUGUCUUUCGUUAUUAUUUGUUUAA